GCCUUGAGAGUUCUCGGUUGGGGCGAUGUCUGCCCUCCUGGAGAUCAGAUUACCAAGAUUGCCGAAGCCUCAUCCGCAGAGGUGUACCGCAUUACCAAUAAACGAGGCACGAGCAUCAUCAAGGCCAUACGAUUAGCCUCCCCUAUCAAAGCCCUCACAAAGGCGCAGGUAGCAUCCGGCCUCGUUGACGAAGAGCCCCAUUCAGAGAUUGACGUCAGCAACGAGCUACAAAUAUCCGAAUGGCUGGCCGACAUUCCAGGAUUCGCUGUUUACAAAGAACGAUACAUUGUCAAAGGCAGAACGUCAAGCGAGCUUCUGGAGGCGCAUCAAACAGUGCAGAAGAAGAUGAAGAGAGAGGACCCGGGCAGAGCGCAGUAUUAUCCAUCGCCGAGCCGGUAUCUGGAUGACACCACCUUUCUAGUUGUGGAACUAGGAGACGCAGGAAAAUCGCUGGAGAACUGGGAGCUGGACAACGUGGAUCAGUUGUGGGAUAUUUUCCUUUUGGAAACAAUUGCACUUGCAAGAGCUGAGGAAGUCGCCAUGUUUGAACAUCGUGAUUUGCACGAGGGUAAUCUCUGCGUCAAACAAGCCCGUCCCCCUCGGCAGAGGGACCCCGAAGGAGAAGGCUUCUUUGGCUAUUCGGGCUUAGAUAUUACAAUCCUAGACUAUGGACUCUCACGAGCUGAAGACCUGACAAACGAUGAUGCCGCGCCCAUCGUCUACGACCUAGAAAGAGAUCUCAGCCUAUUCACCAGCACUUACAACCCGCAGUGCAAAGUCUAUAGGCAAAUGCGGUCCUUCUUGCUCCGUGCUGAUCGAAACUGGAUGCCUCCCGAAGCCCACAAUAUUCCUUAUGCCAAAGGUAUUGACGGGCCGCUUUCUUGGGAUGCAUAUGUGCCUUACACGAAUGUGCUGUGGCUGGCUUACACGUACGAGUACCUGGUGGAGCAUUUUGAAGGCAACAAGAGAGAGCUCACAAAGUUCAAGAAAGAGACGGCAGAGCUGUGGAAGUAUUUGAACCCGGACGCCCCCAAGAAUGUGCCUGCUUUUGGGUGCGCGGCUGAUGUGGCAUGUUUUGCAUUGGAGUCUGGCUGGAUCCGGGAAGACCAGCUUUUGGGGGCAUCGACCACUCUGCUGGAGAGAGAAGACAGCAUCAUUGUCUCAAGGAGUGUAGAGCCUGUUGAAGAGACACCGCGGAGAUCACAGAGAACGCGC